GGGAUGAAGAGCACUGGGACAGCACAGAUCAGUCAGUGUGAAGAAGCAACCAGACAAAGGGAAGGUGUACAGUCGAUGAGCUCUUACGAGCCAAAACAUUUCUCUGAUUGCUGAGGGUCCUGUCAUUCAACAGCCAGGAUGGCUCGGGAUAUGUCAGACAAGGAAAUCCUGAAAAUGGAGCUGGAGCAACUGAAGAAGGAAGUUAACACACCUAGAACACCAGUGGCUGCAAACUGUGCAGAGACCAUUGCUUUUGUUGAGGAGCGGCUACCAAAUGAUCCGCUGAUUAAGGGCGUCCCAGAUGACAAGAACCCCUACAAGGGAGACAAGGGAGGCUGUAUAGUAACAUAGCACACGUGCAUACAGGGAAAAGUCAUAGUGUUUUUUUUAUUGGAGCCAAUUACUUUACAUUACUGUAAUACUCCUGUAGAAUUAUUGUGUACAAAAAUGUCAAGUAGAAAGACAAAUAAGAUGAGCAAUGCUGUUACCACCAGGAGUGAGAAACACUAUUCCAAUCAUUGAAUCACUGUAUGUACUGUAUCUGUUGAUAAGAAAGCUUUGUUAAUUUGUAAGUAAAGGCAAAUAGCUGUACAGAG